AAGAAGAAGAAGAAGAAGAAGAAGAAGAAGAAGAAGAAGAAGAAGAAGAAGAAGAAGAAGAAGAUGCCUUGCCUCAACCUUUCUACGAAUGUCAACCUGGAAGGUAUCGAUACCUCCUCUGUUCUCUCUGAGGCUUCAUCCACCGUUGCCAAGAUCAUCGGCAAGCCAGAGGCCUAUGUGAUGGUUGUGCUGAAGGGAUCAGUACCCAUGUCAUUUGGUGGUAGCGAGCAGCCAGCAGCAUAUGGCGAGUUGGUGUCCAUCGGGGGUCUGAAUCCUGAUGUCAACAAAAAACUGAGUGCUGCAGUUUCUGCAAUUCUUGAGACGAAGUUAUCCGUGCCCAAGUCGAGAUUCUUCCUCAAAUUUUACGACACCAAGGCCCAUCAGAGUCAAGAAUAUGCACAGUGUUUACAUGCUUUACACCAGAACUAGAGAUCAUGGGUCGAACUUCGGAUGGAAUGGCUCCACUUUCUAAAUGUCUACUAUGAGCUGCAUCUGUAGUAUGUCUUAGAACUUCACAACUUUUAUGUGCCGAGAUGUAUAAGAAUUUGGUAUUGCAAACACUUCGUACUUUAUCGACUAUUGUCUGGAUUGACUUAUGGUUAUGAAUCGUGAUCAUGGGAAGAUUUUAAUGCAUACAGCUCUUGCUAUGA